UGCUGCUUCUUAGUCCCUAAGCAUCUUGUUACUAACACGCUUCGAGCAAAACUUGAGUUAAAUAUUUUUCCUUUUCACCUUACUAAUAAAUCAUAACAAUUAACAACACAACAACAACAACGAAUAAUGAUGAUUCAGCCAUUAUUCGCGCUUGUAUUUCUUGAAGUGCUUGUGAUAUUGACCCUCAUAUUCCGAACCCCUUUAAGGAAACCUGUUUUGAUGGCAUUAGAUAAAUCGAAGCAAGGGAGAGGACCUGUCAUAGUAAAAAGUGCUGGAGGAACAUUAUUCGUGGUUUUAGUCUCCAUCUUGUUCAACGUCACUCUAAUGCAGAAUCGCGCAACUGAUUCUGGAACUGUUAAUCCAACUGAUCAAGUUUUGUUGGCUAAUCAUCUCUUAGAAGCCUCGCUCUUAGGGUUCACAUUGUUUCUUGCUUUGGUCAUAGAUAGGCUUCAUUACUACAUAAAAGAGCUUCGUCUACUAAGGAAGACUAUGGAGGGAGAAAAGAAAAUGAACCAGAAUCGCGAUCAGGUGGAAAGUGCAGCAUCAAAAAGUCCGAGCAUAAGUACAUAAUAAUAUUAUGGAGGCUAUAUAUCUAUGUUUUAUAUUUCUCUGUUUGUUUUAUUUUUUAGGUUGUGACAAUAUGGUUUUUUUUUCCUCCAAUUAUUUCCUAAAUGUCUGAUUGUAGUUUGUAUGAUUUAUUUAUUGCAACAAUAUAUAUACCGUUAUGUAACUUAUCUACUCUUGUUGUAGAAAUAGACUAUUAACCAUGUGGUUGUUAUCUAUAAUUCAUGUGAGCAGUAUGUUUCCGCUA